GCUGGGGGACCCGAGGUGAGAGGUGCAGCCAAGGGGGGACAGCUGGUACCCGCAGGGGAGCGAGGUCAGGGGCCCCCUAAGCCCGUGGGAACGUCCGGCUGCUCGGCUUUCGCGGAAGUGUGGCCGAGUUGAGGACAAGUUAACUCCCAGCAGGAGGUUGCUAUUAAAUAUUAACCUGAGGGAACAAGUCAUCCCGCUUGCUUUGGCGCUCUGCAAGCAUGUAGGUGUCCAAAACGGCAUGGCCCAGGACCUGCACCUAAGGGCAGCCUCUGGUAAAGGCAAACGAUGAGCAGGUGGCGUUCAUUUACCUGCCUGGCCCUCCUUAGUGAGGAGAGGGAGGAAGAAAAGUACUCUUUAUUCUAAUUUCUGCAUGCAUUGUAGAAAAUAAUCAUAGCCUUGCUAUUCUGAAUGAAGGAUUUCUUUGCUUUCAGGAAAAAAAGCCUGCAUGAUGCCUUAAACAAGGCAGUUUCUCUGCCGCAGAGGCUAGCCACGUCCGCUAAUAAGCCGAGCGCUAUGAUGGCACUGGGCUGAAUUAAUCCCAUCUCUGCGUUCAUGUCAUUGCAUCUCCGACUCGGGCAGGAGCCCCUGCGCAGAGCCGUGAAUUGCUCCUGCUGCAGCGAGCUCCCCGUGAGCACUGGGAGAAGUCGGGGUGGACAUUUCUAACAGCAGUUUUUCCCUCUGCAGGCUGUUCCAUGGGAAACAGCAGCAGCCGGCUCUACAGCGCGCUCGCCAAGACGCUGAGCAGCAGCGCCGUGCCCCAGCACCGGGACUGCUUGGGGCAGCCCGACGCGGCGCAGCUGGACCCCAUCGACCCCAAGGACCUGCUGGAGGAAUGCCAGAUGGUCCUGCAGAAGCGGCCGCCCCGGUUUCAGCGGGACUUUGUGGACCUGAAGGCAAGCGCCACCAGUAGCCACCGGCCCAUUCGGGUCAUGCAGUGGAACAUCCUUGCCCAAGCCCUCGGAGAAGGCAAAGACAACUUUGUUCAGUGCCCCAUGGAAGCUCUGAAAUGGGAAGAAAGGAAGUGCCUCAUCCUGGAGGAAAUCCUCGCGUACAAACCCGAUAUCUUGUGCCUGCAAGAAGUCGACCACUACUUUGACACCUUUGAGCCACUCCUCAGCCGGCUGGGCUACCAGUGUACUUUCUUCCCGAAGCCGUGGUCCCCGUGCCUAGACGUGGAGCAGAACAACGGGCCGGAUGGCUGCGCCUUGUUUUUCCUCAAAGACCGCUUCGAGCUCAUCAACAGCGCUAAUAUUCGGCUAACUGCAAUGAAGCUGAAAACCAACCAAGUGGCCAUAGCUCAGACACUGAAGUGUUAUGAAACUGGAAGACUGUUCUGCAUUGCCGUCACUCACCUGAAAGCCCGUACUGGCUGGGAGAGGUUUCGGUCUGCGCAAGGCUGCGAUCUUCUCCAGAACCUGAAGAAUAUUACCCAAGGAGCAAAGAUCCCUCUGAUAAUCUGCGGAGACUUCAACGCGGAGCCAACUGAAGAAGUCUACAAAGAAUUUUCCAACUCCAGCCUCAAUUUAAACAGUGCGUACAAGCUGCUGAGCCCCGACGGGCAGUCGGAGCCGCCAUACACCACCUGGAAGAUCCGGCCCUCGGGAGAGUGCCGGCACACGCUGGAUUACAUCUGGUAUUCGCAGCAUGCCUUGAACGUGAACUCGGCUCUGGACUUGCUGACUGAAGAGCAAAUUGGACCCAACAGGCUGCCAUCGUUCAAUUACCCUUCAGAUCACCUGUCCUUGGUGUGUGACUUUAGCUUUAAUCAAGACCCUGACAGACUGUUAUAAUUUUCUGGAAUGCCACCUGGUAUUGCAGUGUCUUAAUUCACCACUUUUCUUUAAAGAAAACUUUGGAAGCUGGAAACUAUUUAAGGAUGAGGAAAUACGGUUGACUGAGUACUGUUUUCAGGCAAUUUGGAAUUAACACUUGCCAUGCAGAGCUUGUUAAUCUGAAGCCUCCACGGGAGGAAGGAAGGAAGGAAGGAGGAGGUAGUGCCCUCGUUGUGUGUGUUCUUGCCGUGUCAGGGUUUGGAAGUUGGAAGGAAAAUAAGUUUCUCCUUUCGCUAACCCCUGUGUCUAAGGCUUUCAUCCUCUAAUGAAUAUGGAGGCUGUCAGUAUUUAAAUUAAAAAAUCACUUAUGUAUGUAAAACAACUUGCCCUGACAGCAUGCUUAUUUAUUUCAUGUUAAGCUUGUGCAAGUACCAAAGGAAAUGAAGCUUGACAACCCUUUUUAAAAAAAAAAUUUUGCAGUAUGAAGAAAGAUAAAUGUGUUUUAGACAUGAAGAAAUCUAAGCUCAUACUAGCAUUUUUUUUAUGACUUGAGAUAAAAAUUCUGUUAAAAAGAAAUGGAUAGUCAUUUCCCAAAGCAUAGCAUGAGGAAAGCCCCCUCCCGUAUAAGAGCAGAUGAGGAAAUGGAGGCUUACGACAGUACAUCAUCUAGUUAUAUCCUCACAUUUCCAGAAGAAUGUGCAUGUGUCUAGUAUACUCAUACAGCCCAUAGUAUACAUAGUAACUGGUACCUUGUUUCUUCUGUACUUCCCUUCAGUGGACACACCUAACCAGAGUGAAUUUUCUUGUCUGCUUCCAGUCUUACUUUUCUGAAUAUUUUGAAUUUGUAGUUUUGUCAGUCUUCCUGUUUCAGAAAAGGGCCAAUCUUCAUGUUGUAAAACUUUUUUAUUGAUCUUCAGAAUCUAAUGCUACACUGGAACCUGUUAGAAAAUGACAUUAAUUUAUUGCAAGAAGCUGGUGAUCCUGUGUCUGACUUGAAAUCGUAGAGCAGCUGUGUUUGGGAGCACCCCCAGGUCCUGCCAAAGUGCCCGGGCUGCACCAGCGCUGGCAGCAGAGCGACUUGCGGGUGGAGGGGUGCUCUGUGCCGUGGCGGAGGCCUCGGGCGUACGGACUGCGGACAGGGCGCUACGCAGGAGAAGGGGGAAGAGAGGAGAGUGCUCGGAGCAGCGCUGGUGUUAGACAGCUGGGGGACAUGAGGCAGAGCGAAUAAAGCAGUACUUCUGUGUAAGGUGAGGCCCGUAGUAACUAAGUGUUCCCAGGUGUUUGUUAAUAAAAGUGUUUUAAAAGAAA